UCAUUUCUAGUCGGAUUAUUUUGGCAUGGUUGCAGUGAGUGAUAUAUUGCACCUCACACAAUUAGUUAUUUUCAACUGUAUAUGAAUAUUGCGCAAAAUCCUGUGCUUUGCACCGAUAGCAGGCAUCAUCAUCAGAAACACAAGCUCAGACACCAUGAGACUCGUCCAGUUCUGCCAUGUAGGAGAUGUGGGACGUGUAAGAGUCGGGGUGGAGCAAACAGAAGGCCAGGGGGUCAUUGAUCUGAAAGCUUUUGACCCCUCAAUACCGUCAACUAUGAGAGAGUUUCUAGAGAUGGGGAAAAGGGGAAUGGACUGCGCUAAGAGGGCUUUGGCCAGCGGUCAGUGUGUCGUAUCACGACCAGACAUCAAACUGCUCUCCCCGGUCACUGGCCCGGAGAAGGUUGUGUGUGUCGGUAUGAAUUACAGAGACCACUGCCUAGAGCAGAAUGCCCCCAUUCCUACUGAGCCCAUUAUUUUCAGCAAGUUCCCCUCCACUAUCACCGGCCCUUAUGAUGAUAUAAUCCUACCAGAAGAGAGUACGGAAGUGGACUGGGAGGUGGAGCUGGCCUUUGUGAUUGGACAAAAAGGAAAGCACAUUAAGGAAGAAGACGCCCUGUCCUAUGUUGCAGGUUUUACUGUAGCUAAUGAUGUCAGCGCUCGUGAUUGGCAGAUGAAGCGCAAUGGAAAGCAGUGGCUGCUGGGAAAAACAUUUGACACAUUCUGUCCACUCGGGCCAGUGCUUGUCACCACUGAAGCACUAAAAGAUGUUCAUAACCUGGGUAUACGCUGCCUGGUGAACGGUGCCGUGGUUCAGGACAGUAACACCAAUCAAAUGAUCUUUCAUACACAGAAGCUGGUGGCUUGGGUCUCACAGUUUGUAACUCUUUGUCCCGGUGAUGUGUUUUUGACUGGAACUCCUCCAGGUGUGGGGGUCUUCAGAAAUCCCCCUGUGUUUCUAAAGAGAGGAGAUGUUGUGGAGUGUCAGGUUGACAUGAUCGGCUCUAUAAGGAACACAGUGGUAUAACUGAAAGAUGUCAAGAGUUUUGUUACAUCCACUCAAGUGCCUUAAAGUGACACUCCAACUCCCCUAGAGUUAAACAUUUGAUUUUUUUACCGUUUUGUAAUCCAUUCAGCUGAUCUCUGGGUUUGGCGCUAGCA